UUGUUCUUGGCUGCGAAGGUGGAGGAACAACCCAGGAAGCUUGAACAUGUCAUCAAAGUGGCCCACGCCUGCGUUAACCCCCAGGAUGCCCCACUAGACACCAAGAGUAAUGUUUUGAAAUAACGAUUGAACAUCCUCACACUGAUGUUGUGAGAUGUUCCCAGCUAGUGCGAGCAAGCAAGGAUUUGGCACAGACUUCCUAUUUCAUGGCUACCAACAGGUUGUUAUCCUGACCCCGCUCCCCCACUAUGUUGCACUGUGAUGGCACACUAUAGCUUCCUGUACUGGCAGGUCCCCCUUCCAGUGUCCAACGCCCUCUUUGCGCCAGGCAGGUUUCUGGUAAACCCCUAGGGGCGGUACCGGACAGCCAGCCAGGCUGCAGCAGUGCGGUGUAUUGUACAAGGGCUCAGUGUUGGCACAUAGGGGUUGAAUGCACAAUGUGAACGUGUUGGUUGUGCUGUAGACUGUCCUCACUGACCGUUUGGUUGCUCCAGAGUGCAUAUGUCUCCUCCUUCCUAAAACACAAUUGGUAGCCUGAAUAUAGCUUGCCACUAAAGAUCAGUGAAAAGAUGUAAACUAUAGCAUCUGUCCCGGUAAGUAUUAAUAACCUUUAGUUUUUUCUUGCUUUAUGUUUGAUAAAUAGAUAGAUAUAUAUAUAUAUAUAUAUAUACACACACACACAAGGGUAACAAGCUAAUUCUUAGUGAUAAUUGACACACCUAAUACUCCAGUAGUAAAAUGAUCAUCCAUAAUUCUCUCUAAUAUAUGAAUGACUUGUAUGCUAUAGGUAUCCUCUUCUUUACCAUAGUAGAAUAUAAACAUUACAGUUCAUUAUUUUCCUAAAUGUAAUUUUAGUAACUGUACUUGCCCUGACUUAGAUGAAUAAUUUUGCUAUCCUAUCAACAGCAGUAUACAAUGUCUGGACAGAGGGCAAAAAAAUGUUAGUUUUUUACACGGUCAAAAGGCUACUUCCAUAAUGAAUGUAUUGCCCAGAUUUUUGCAAUGCAAGACGAUUGAACCAUUUUGAAAAGGGACAUUUUAAAAAGAAAGUUGGCAAAGGUAUGAGUGAGAUGGCAUAACUUGACAGGCUGGACUGGAACACAGCAGGUGGAUGGUGGACAUCAAUUAUCUCUAGGAAACGAGCUUGAUCCCAAUAAAAUGCUCAGUACUCUCAAAGAACAAGUUUACCGUCUAGGUUGUCCUCAAUGUAUCAGUUUUCUAAGGUAAGAUUCUGUAUGAAAUGGUAAGAGAAACAGCCACGAUCAUCCAUCAUAGAAAACCACCGUGGUACGUGCCUCUGCCACUCACUCUCUCAACAGUCUGGAAUAUGAAGGCAGUAUUAUAAUAUGGACUGUAUGCAUGCAGAUCAGCUGCACUCUGAGCUUUAUUAGACCAGAGACAUGGCUCUAGUCUGGAGACACCAUAGAGAUGUUCAAACCUCUCCCCGGGGACCCCCAGCCCUUCCACAACUAGCACACCUGAUUCAACUUGUCAACUAAUCGUCAAGUCCUUGAUUAGGUGAUUCAACUUGUCAACAAGUCCUUGAUUAGGUGAAUCCGUGCUCUAGUUCAGGGCUGCAAUAGAAUUGUGAAACGUCUGGGAUUUCCCGGGGAAAGGUUUGAAAACCAGUUCCAUAUGGGACUUCAGCCAUGUCCCAGGGAUAGUGCUAAUGUCCUGUAUUCCAACCCUAGAACUGUAGCUAACGGGUGUCUCCUCUGUGGUCUUCCCUCCGACAGCCUCCACCUCACCACGUUCUGCCUGCAGCACAAGCCCACAGUCAUCGCCUGCGUCUGCAUCCACCUGGCCUGUAAAUGGUCCAACUGGGAGAUCCCGGUCUCCACUGAUGGGAAACACUGGUGGGAGUAUCUGGACCGCACCGUCACGCUCACACUGCUGGACGAGCUGACCAAUGAAUUCCUGCAGAUUCUGGAGAAGACGCCCAGCAGGCUGAAAAGGAUACGUAACUGGAGGGUAGGUUCUGCUCUCACAACUGGUGCCACACAAGCUGCCAAGAAGCCCAAGAUGGACAGUCAAACGGGCGACACCUCCUUCCAAGGGACCUCCUCAUUGGACGGCAUCACCGGUGUGGCCGGCAGCAACUCAUUCUUCUCUUCGUCUCUGUCAGACUCUGGGGAGAUGGCUUCACUAGACGACAUGUCUAUCCCGUUCCCUCCCUACCAGGCCCUGGCUGGGGACCACGCUGAGCUGCUGGGGCUGGACCAGGGCCUUGCCUUUCUUCCUCAAGCCAUCCCUUCAAAGUACCCAUCAGGCAAACACGAACACAAAACGGCCAGUGCAGGCAAGCACCCACAGGCCCUACCCAAUAACCCCUCGCCCUUCACCCGGCCCCCACAGAAACUCUCCCUGGAUAAGUACAGAGAGAAACAGGCGGCAGACCUGCAGACCAUGCAGAACGGUGUCCGAGAGGAGCAGAGCGGUGUGGACAUGUACCAGUCCCCCGCCCUCCCUCACCACCAGUCCCAUAAAAGACGCUCCCAGCCUGGGCAGGGUGUCUCCCAGCACGGGGACAGCAGGAGGGACAAGGCCAGCUCUAAAAAGACACGAGGUCUCCCACCACAGGCUUCGGCGGUUGAGAAUGGCGUUGCGGCCAGCAACGAGGAGCUAAAGAUGAGAAUCAAAGUAUCAGCUGAGAGGGACCAGGGCGGCCAUGUUGGUGUCCCACAGGGCAAAGAGAAGUACAAAGACCACUCUGGCCCCAGCAGACACCCCAAGCACGGCCACUCGCACCCCUAUUCCCUCAGCGGGAACGGCCGAGGGGCCAUCGACCCCGCCCUGGCACUCAGAGUCCUCGGGGGCCAUGGUAGCGACCUAGGGGGCUCCAGUUCCUCCUCCAGGAAACGGGCCAACCCUGACGUCAGUAGUCAUAACAACCACCACCACUCUGCUAAGAGCAGCAGGAGUUCCAAAGGGGCCGGAGGCUCCUCCCACUACUCUUCGGACGGUGGUGGUGGCCCGAGGACUGUGGAGAGACACCACGGUGGCCCGGAGGGGUCAAAUGGAGUGCUGGGGUCUAACGGCCAACACACCGACUACAAAGACACUUUUGACAUGCUGGACUCUCUGCUAAGUGCCCAGGGAAUGAACCUGUAAAUUCAGACAGUCGUUUAGCCUGGGUGCAGGCUGUUUGGCUCUCUUGCCAACUCCGUCCAAAUAUGUUUGGCUUGACAUUUGAGUUGGCAAGACUGGACAAACUAAUCUGGAUAGUAGGCUUGGCAGGAGUUGUUGGAUAGAGAUAAAAUAAUUCUGGAAAAAAAGUUUUUUAUGAUUUAAAACAAGUAAAACAUGAUUUUAUAACUUUGAAGUUAUGUGAAAGUAACUUCGUCACCCACCCAGUCAGUCAGUCAGUCCUGUCCACACACGGUAAUAAUUACUGAUGCUUUAAGGAUCUUCAGAAAUGUCCACAACAUGAUAUAUACACAGUGCUGUAAUGCUACUUGUCUGCUUGCUAAAAAAAACCCGGGAGCCACAUUCACUGGUUCUGUGAUUGACAAAAUUCCAGAUUUUUAAUUCUGUUCUUUUAAGGGAGAGAUAAAGAGAAGUCUGCGUUUUUAUUAGUUAUUUGUUAUUAAUGAUGUGCAUGUUUCAAUCACAUAAGGGAAGAUAGCAGCCUGGUGGCGGUUCAGUGUCCACGUAAAUGCGUGUACGUUUUUGUAUGUUAAGAAACAACCUUAUUCCUUGAAAUACUCAGGUCUUGAAACAUUUUUUGAUAUAAAGAACGAAAUAAAUCUUCCUCUCUUGGCGUAAUACCUGUAUCUGUAGAGAUGUAUAACUUCUGUCAUGUUGUUGGUUGAAGGCUGCAGAAGUACAGCAUCUAUCUGACUGUAGAGGCUGUUUCAGUGUGCUUGUCUUCUAAUCGGAGGACACGCAAUCCAACUCAUCACACAUGGCUAGUCAGAGGACAUACCAAGGCCCUUUCCCAGAUCAACACCUCAUAGACCCUAUGUGUGUAUCCAAAAUGGCACCCUAUUCCCUAUGUAGGACACUACUUUUUGACCAGGGCCCGCAAAGUUCCCAGCUGGGAAAAACACUGGGUCCUGAUCGAAAGUAGUGUACUACAUAGGGUAUAGUGUGCCGUUUUGAGAGAGACAUCCUUAUGCGCUUGUGGGAUCUCAAGUACUUAGGGUCUAGGGGUUGAUUGGGGACUGGACCAUAUGCUGUCUACUGUCCAACUAAGUGGAUGCCAAAGGCUGUGCCUGUAAAACGUACGGCAGAUUAUUCUAGAGCUAUAAAAGAAGUUUACGUUAUAUCUGCUGUGAAGUGCAUUUAAAAAGAUAUCUCGGCAUAUUUACAAAAAGCCUUGUGAUUGUAACAAGUCGUCAACAAGUUGCUAUUCUUCAAUUUUGAUUAAUGUCUAAUUAACCAACCGCCAUCCUAUGAAAAGAUCUCUAGAGGUGAUUGUAUAUAGGACUGCAGUUCUGAGUUAUAACUAGCUAGUCGGUUGACUUGUUACACCCUCAGACCACACAUUCUAUUCUGCCAUAACAGUGUAUUAGGAGGUCCUAAAGCGGACACUAUUGAACAAAUCCUUAAUAUGUGUACUGGGAACCCAAAUAAACGUGUAAAACUGUCGUUUUUACACACAAACACA